AUGGAUGAUUCCGAGGCCGCUCAAACUAUCGAAUCACCCACCGAUCGCAUAGAAGAAACGCCUGCAGAUUCUCCAGCAAAUGAGGAAGUUGAACAAGCCGUGCAUGAAGUAGCAGACAGUGAACCCGUUCAACAGACUGAUAGUGCUGUGGAAGCCGCAUCUGAUAUUGUGGAUGGUGCUGUUAGUGGAGAGGAUACGCAGGAUUUGGUUGCUAGUGAUGAUGCAGUGAAUGAGGGUGAUCAGCAAAAGCAGCUGCAGCCAUCAAAUCAAACAGAAGAAGAGAGAGGAGAGGAGAUACCGGCUGUAAUAAUCGAAUCUGAGUCAGGGCUUCCUGUUAUGGACUCCCAUGGGGUGGUGGAGCUCCCACCAGCAGAACUAAAACCCAUGGAGACUCAGACUGAUAUUGCUGAAUCUCCUAAAGAACACACCAAACCAGUCCCAAACAUUACAGGCUGGUACCGCAAGCAAUACCAUGGUGGGUUUCGAGACACGAGGACAAGAGUCGAGUACUAUCAUGCUGAUGCGCAGACUGUUACGCCGCAAGAGUUGAGGAAUCAGAAUGCACCGGUAAAAGCCCAUCGAGAUACGCAGACCAAGUUUAUCAAGACUCGGGAGACGCAGGUUAUGGUUGAGUGUGCUACGCAGAUGACACAUAGAGGUGUAUACGUGACUGUUGAGUCAGAUAAGAUUGUGGAGGCACGGCCUUAUGUUACUGCAGAUGAGCAUCGGGAUAUGAUUGUGCAAUGUGUUACGAAAAUCCAGUGCUUUAUCCGAAAAUGCAAUGCUGUACGCACGGUGAAUCGGAUGAAGGAGUUGAGGGAGGAAGAGGCUCAGGCUAAGAUUGCUAAAGAAGAACGGAGACGUAAAUUGGAAGAACGUAAAAAGCAGCAGGACGUUGAGUCGAGACUACAUCCAAGGACACAUAAGGAUUUCGAGAAGUUGUUGAGUGGUCUUGAGAAGUGGAGACUACAAGAAGCAGAACGAAUCGCAAAUGCAGGAUACUCUGACAAGGAGCGCAUCAAAGCUCUUGCAGACUUGCUAGACCAGGAAGCGUCAUUGCUACAAAAGAUUGAUAGGCUGAAAUUUGUUGCUGCUGAGGGAAAUUAUGAUAGGAAUGUUGCAAAGAAGCUUGACGCUAUGGCAGCACCCAAAGUAUGGUCUACCCGCGCAACACACGCGCGCCAAGUCCUCGUCGAAACACCAACAACUGUACGAGCUUCUGAACUUCGUGAUUUGCAUCGUGCGUUAUGCACGUCUGCUGCUACAACAAGUGUCGAUGAACGAUUACAAGUUUUGCUGCAUGUGAAAUACACAGUCAAAGAGUUUGAUUGUGCGCUGACGAGAGAUAUCGUGGAUUUGAUUGAUCGGGAGGGAGAUAUGGUUAGUAGAGGGAGGGAUGCGGAGAGUUUGGAAGGGUUGAGGAAACGGACGUCGAACAUGUUUUUACAGUUUAUUCAGACGCCAGAGUUUAAUCCUGAAGCUGCGAGAUUCCAAAAGAUUGAUGGCAACACCAAAUCAACAUCCGCCGACAAAUCCUCCUCAGCUACCCAAGCCUCAAUCUACCAAUGUCGCUCCUGCUCACGUUACCUCCCAUCCUCUGAUUUCAGACUCUCAGCUACCCUCCGCUCCCUCAACCAAUGCCGAACAUGUGCAAACGCAGCCGACAUUGCAACGCGCAAAGCAGCAGAUCCAGCAUACGCACAACUCCUCGCCGUCCUCCGUACUCGUGAACGAGCUUCGAAUCCUGACGCUUCAAAGGGCGUAAUGGACCUCCUCCAAGAAGUGGAUUUACGAUACCUCAUUGAUACCAUCUGGACUGGCAAAUCAGCUGUUUCUGGAGUUGCAAAUGUUGCUCAAUUGAUGCUUGUAAGAUGGGACAAGAGCCAAGUGUUGAGUCCCUGGAAUUGUAUAUUGCUGACAAAGAGUGAAGCUGCUGGACAUGAGGGGCUUGAUGCUGCUCCCGAAGAGGUUUAUGCUGAGGCGUUUGUGGAGAGGGUUAGACAGAGGCAUGUUGUUGGGAGGAGGCACUUUGGGCAGGUUGUUGAGAUGAUGAAUCUUAUAUAA